AUGGAGGAAGAGCUUCUCUUUAGAGUUAUCAUUGUCGGUGAUAGUGGGGUGGGGAAAUCUUGCUUAUUACUAGCUUUUCUAUUAUCUUUAUUUUUAAAAUUUAAUCAUAUAUGAGCCUCUUUAUUAUAUUAAAUUUAUUUUAUAUUUUUUUAAAAAAUUGAGUAAGGUUUAGCGAAAAUACAUUCAAUGAGCAGCAUACUGUUACUAUUGGUGUUGAAUUUCGCAUCACGUCUAUUGGACGUAAUUUUUUUCCUCAGAAUAUAUUUAUCUUCGCCAUUUGGUCGAAAGUUUUUCAAAGGUAUUGGCAAAACCGUUAUUUUUCUACAAAUAUCUGACGAGAAAAAAUUCAGCCAUGCAGAGAAAAUGGCUUCUUGAGAAAUUGUCCUACUUGAAUUUGGCACAAAACUGGUGAAAAUAAAUAAUCAACAAGUGAAACUCCAAAUAUGAGACACUGCUGGCCAAGAAAGUUUUAGGAGUAUCACAAGAAGCUUUUACCGACGAGCUGAUGGAGUUUUGCUCGUCUAUGAUGUGAAUUCCAAAGAAAGCUUUGAAGGGCUGAGCUAUUGGCUUGGAGAAAUUCGGCAACACGCAACAAGUGACAUUGUUAUAUUUCUAGUAGGAAACCAAGUAGACCUCACAGAGUCGGAAAAUUCAAGAGAAGUCUCACAAGAUGAUGCAAAUGCUUAUAAAAAUUUCCAUAAUUUGUGUGGAUUUAAAGAAACUUCAGCGCUGAGUGGGUUUAAUGUGAAUGAAACUUUUCAUGAGUUCACCAAUAUUCUCUAUGAGAGAUGAAACGAAAAAGUUGAUAAAGACCCGAUGGAGGUGCCUAGCCUUGACCUUAAGACUAAACCAUUAACAAAUAAGAAAAAUUGCUGCUAUUUUUGUAAUAUAAAAAAGAUAUUAUAA